AUGGCCUUUUUUUCUUCUGUUCUAAAGAGAUUGAGUCGUUUGAAGAGCUUGGAAUCUGAUAAUUUAGAUACACCUAUGAAAAGAUGUCUUUCCUCCUUUGAUCUGACAAUGAUUGGUAUUGGUUCCAUGAUGGGAUCAGGUCUUUACGUUCUCACUGGAACUGUUGCAAAAAAUACUGCUGGCCCUGCAGUCAUUGUAUCAUUUGUUAUUGCGGGAUUUGUUACACUUCUCGCGGCAUUAUGCUAUGCGGAAUUCGGGGCAAGGAUUCCCAUAACAGGAUCGGCUUAUACAUACACAUAUGUUUCCAUGGGCGAGUUUUGGGCAUUUCUGAUUGGUUGGAACAUUGUUCUUGAAUAUAUCAUAUCUGCUGCAGCUGUGGCGCGUGCAUGGAGUGGAUACUUUGACGAAAUGCUUGACCACAGAAUACGUAACUUCACUUAUGAAUACAUCACAGGUGGACCAUGGAACUAUCCUCUAUUGGCACAAUAUCCCGAUUUGUUUGCUUUAUUAUUAAUCAUCCUUGGCGUGAUUAUAACGGCUUUGGGAGCAAAUUUAACUUCUAAAAUAAACUCUUUCCUUACUAUAUUAAACAUUUGCACUGUUAUACUCGUUAUAGGUGCAGGUCUGAAUUUUGUGAAUGUUAACAAUUGGAAAAUUGAAGGUGGUUUCACCCCCUUUGGCAUUUCAGGCAUUAUGUCUGGCGCUGCAACGUGUUUCUUUGCUUACGUGGGUUUUGACUUUAUUACUGCAUCGGCUGAAGAAGCAAAAAAUCCAGCAAAAAGUAUCCCAAUUGCAAUAUGCACAUCUUUAGCAGUUGUAGCUGCAGCAUAUAUUGCUGCAUCGACAGUGGUCACAUUGAUGGUACCAUAUUAUGACAUUGUACCUGAAGCAGCAUUUGUUGAUACUUUUCGUCAUGUAGGGGUGAAGUGGCUUGUGUAUGCGGUGGGAGUCGGAUCAUUGAUCGGCAUGACUGCUACUUUUUUAACUGCUAUGUUUGUUCUUCCACGUAUCGUAUUUGCAAUGGCUAGAGAUGGCCUUCUGUUUGCAGUGUUGGCUAAAGUUAAUUCACAUACUCAUGUACCAGUUGUUGCCACUGUUACAUUGGCAUACACCAUUGUAGCUGCUGGUGUACUUGUACUACGAUAUGAACCAGCAGAGGCAUUGACAAUUGUCUACAAACAUAAAAAUAAAGAUACAAUUGAAAUGAAUUUGAAGCGAAAAGAUGAAACAUCUCCGUUGAAUAGUGUAGACUCCCAUUUACAUGGUGGCGAAGUCAGAGAAUCGUUUAAUGGCUGCAGGACUUUACGAAAUGCUACACCUGGUACUAUACCAGCUUUUGCAGUAUUUAUAAUGUCCAUAUUCAUGUUUACAUUAGCUGCUGUUAUUGUAUUCUGUGGUGACGCACUAGCAGAAGCAAGGUUCUGGGUUAUUGUGAUUGUGGUUAUAUUUGGAUCGGUCGUGUUACUUUGUUUUUUUGUGUUAUGCAUACACUAUCAGAAUACGAGUAUUGUGACGUUCAAGAUGCCGUUGGUCCCAUUAAUACCAUCUCUGAGUAUAUUUUGUAACGCUAUGCUUAUGAUGAAUCUAUCUUAUAUGACAUGGGUUAGAUUUGCUGUCUGGAUAACACUAGGUAUGAUGCUGUAUUUCUGUUAUGGAAUUCGUCACAGCAAAUUGGCCAUGACACUAGAAGAAGAAAACAAUGAUCUAAACCGUUAUUACAUAAUGCCUACCGAGUCACCAUGUAUUACAAGUAGUUCCGUAGACUUAUGGCAACCACAGAGUGUGACAACUCCUAAUAAUUAUGGAAGCGUGUCCGAGGAUGAAGAGGAAUCAAAUGUUAAAAAUAAGAUGAAAAAGUUGUGA